AUGGUUUCCAACGAAGAAGACAUAUAUAUCAAUCACGAUCCCAACCCCAAUUUCAAUUCGGAUUCGAAUUCGAAUUCCAAUUCUGAUCCCGAUCCUAAUUAUAAUUUUAUUUCACGGUUUACUUCCACUCCCAGUAUCAAUUCCGAUUCACAUUUGGGUUCUCAUCCGAAUAGUACAUUCCAGCUGUAUUUAAAUCGAGCGAAGGGCAAGUCAUCCAUGAUAAUAAUGGCGCUAAUUGCAAAUUUCAUACUUUUCUACAGUCUUCAUCUUUUAAAUGUCAGGUUCUGCGAGGCGUUUCCAUAUUUGGUACCUGAAGUCGAGAAAGAGUCCGUUUUCAAUAACAUCUUCUCGUCGCUAGAAGGACUCGAAGACCUCGUCAACAGCUAUGAGAACAAAGAUAUUUUUAGCCAAUUGAAAUACUCGGGCCAAGCCUUUUACGACAAUGAAUUAAAUGUAGUGGGUACCCUUGAAUUCCCACUAUACAAUAAAUAUCAGCGGCAACCGUACGUUGCCAAUGGAUAUAUUGGAAGCCGAAUUCCAAACCUCGGCCAUGGGUUCACUUAUGACCAAUUGCCUGAUACGUGCCAAUAUUGCGAAGACGACUUGUCGAACGGAUGGCCAUUAUUCAAUAAAAGGUUUGCAGGUGCCUUUAUUGCCGGAUUCUACGAUUUGCAAGAAAACACCACGGGCACAAAUUUCCCUGAAUUGUUGGAAAACGGAUACGAAAGCGUUAUUGCUGCCGUCCCACAAUGGACCACGUUAAAUGUUGCUAUCGAAGCUAACGGUCAAAAUUAUACUCUUGAUCCAUCUUUGGAGACCCAUGAGAUUGGAAAUAUCACAAAUUAUGUUCAAAACAUGUCACUCUCCAACGGGAUUGUUACGACUCAAUACACAUGGUUGCACAAUAUUGAUAUCAAGUAUACAGUAGUGGCACAUAGAGCACAACCCAAUCUAGGACUCGUUACCUUGGACAUUCAAAGUCGCUCAGAUGAGGUAGUCAACCUCAGAGUUGAAGACAUUUUGGAUUUCAACACAUCACAAAGAUGUGAAUUGACGGCUUUGGGACACGACGAAUUAGGAAUCUACAUUACUUUUCAGCCUGAAAAUGUCGAUUCUGCUCAUGGAGCAAUUUACUCAAGGUUAAUUGAAUCUUUGGAAUCAGCAGGAGCGACUGGAGCAAGCGCAGUGUCGAACCUUGAAAAAGUUAGUGACGGUGAACGCAUUUCACAGAUUGCAAAGAUUACUCUUGAGCCCUUUGAAAGCACUCAAAUAAAUAAGGUGGUGGGUAUUGUUUCGUCUGAUUCAGAUCCAGAAAAUCUUGGUACGGCAAAGUCAGUUAGAGAGUCGGCGAAGGAAGCUGCACAAAAAUAUAACAAUAUUCAAGACAUUCUAACUACUCACAACGAUGCAUGGACAAAAUUACUUGGUGAAAACCCGCGUGUUACAUUUCCAAGCGAGCCAUUGCUCAAUCUUGCCGCGAGGGCUUCCGUUUACCAUUUACUAGCAAAUACAAGACCUCAAGCUUUUGGUUUGACCGGUGCCGUUGGUGUAGGUGGAUUAAGUUCAGAUAGUUAUGCCGGUAUGGUAUUUUGGGACACUGAUCUUUGGAUGUUUAACGGAAUUUUACCACUAAUGCCAUCACAUGCCAAGAGCAUUGUCAACUACAGACUUCAUUUGCACGAGCAAGCAGUGCAAAAUGUACCAGAGGGUUAUAAUGGUGCAGUUUAUCCGUGGACAAGCGGAAGAUAUGGUAAUUGUACGGCAACAGGGCCAUGUCUAAAUUAUGAGUAUCAUAUAAAUACUGCUGUAGCAAUGGCAGCAUGGGAGCUUUAUAUUAGCGGUGCUUCAGACGAACUAUUUUUGAGAGAGUAUGCCUCAACAUUGAUCAAUAAUGCCGCAACGUUUUUCUCAGAUUAUUUGGUUCAAUGGAAUGACACAUUAGGGCAAUACACUACCAGUAACCUAACUGAUCCAGAUGAAUAUGCCAAUCAUGUUGAUAAUGGUGCUUACACGAAUUCAGGGAUUUCCCUUUUGAUGCAAUGGGCAACCAUGGUUGGACAUAUUCUUGGUGAAGACGUGCCAGACGUAUAUUCACAGAUUGCAGAGAAUAUACACAUUCCUUCAGCAAAUAAUAGCCAAAAUAUUACUUUGGAAUAUAGUGGCAUGAACUCAACUGUUGGAAUUAAGCAAGCUGAUGUCAUUAUGAUGACAUACCCUUUGGCAAAUAACCUAAUUGAUGAAGAACAAGGAUACAUCAACAUGGAAUACUAUUCAAUGAGACAGGUAAGCUAUGGUCCCGCAAUGACAUUUCCAAUUUUUUCCAUUGUUGCAUCCAAGCUAGCAGUCUCUGGUUGUGCUUCUCAAUCGUAUUUGCAUAAAGCUGUUCAGCCAUAUUUAAGGGGCCCGUUUGCUCAAUUUUCGGAGCAGAAUAAUGACGACUACAAAACUAAUGGCGGCACACACCCCGCGUUUCCCUUUCUAACAGCACAUGGUGGAUUUUUACAAGCAGCUUUGCAUGGACUUACUGGAAUGAGACAUAGGCUUAAUGUAAGCGACACGGGUGUAAUUGAAAGGUUUUUGUUUUUGGACCCGAUUGCCUUGCCUUGUCUCGGUGAAGGAGUUCUAUUCAAUUCUGUUUUCUACAAUAAUCACACGAUAUCAAUGAGCAUUAAUCAGACACACUUUACCAUUGAAAAUAACGGCAAAACAAGCGAUAGUCAGAAUGCAGAUGGUUUUAUAACAUUGCAAUUGGCCGAAAGAAAUCCAGACCAUGGCACUUUUGUAUUGCUGGAUGGAGAAAAGAGAUCUUUUGCAUUGUAUAAACCGGAAAAAAGCUUUGUUGAUAGCAUCUCUGAGUGUGGCGACGCAUCUUUUUAUAAUAUCACUGAGGGUGCAUAUGGUGUAACCCCUAUCUCCAUCAACGACGGCGAUAAUACAACGAGAUGGCAAGCUAAAACAAAUGAUACUGUGGGUAAAAUCUUAGUUGAUCUUCACUCGAUAAAAAAUGUAUCUAGCGUCUUGUUCAAUUGGGCUGAUAGACCACCGCUUUCACUCAAAGUUUCAAAAUACAUUGGCGAUAAGUUUACGCAAGUCACUGAUUUCUUGUCUCAAGUAGAUUUCGGCAAUGAGGUGUACAAAAAUUACCGUUAUGCCAACCCAAAUGACAAAUUGUAUAAUCAAAGCGAAGUGUUCGAAGAGGUUUCAUCACAAGAUGUUUCAAUUAGUGAACCAUUUUCUCAAGAAGAAUUUGAUCAGGUUUUGGUACCUGUACGACACAAUGCAACUUUACUAGAUUUGGAAAUUCAACAAUGUCGUUUUAUCUUGAUCGAAGUUGAAGGAGUACACGACAACUCUUCUCUGGAAGAAGACGGCGAUGAAUCGUAUUCUGAUGGCGCAAAGUUGGCAGAAGUUGCAUUUUUCUAA